AUGCAAACAAGCGGCUUGACAAACACCCCUAUCACGAGAUUUCUCCUAAUCUACACAAUUGCCGCGUCCAUCGCCCUCUCCAUCUUCGACGUCAAACAUGUCCCCGCCAUCUACGUCUCCCCGCACUUCUUCCCCUACGGCCAAUUCUGGCGCGCGCUGAUCUGGCAGGUCGCGGGGUUUACGAAUUCGACAGAAGCGCUUUUUGGCGCGUUGUUGGUCUACCAUGUUCGUGUUGUUGAGCGGGCAUGGGGCUCGCGAAAGAUGGCUACAUUCCUCCUUUCAACGUUACCGUAUACGACGCUCCUCCCGCCGCUCAUUUUGACUCUGGUCGUGAGACCACUCUCCCUGGGAAGAGUCAACUACCUUCCUUCCGGACCGACUGCGACAAUCUUUGCCCUCCUUGCCCAGUAUCACGCCUCUAUACCCUCGACAUACCGCUACACGAUCUCUACUUCUACUCCGUCCACGCCGACCCCAGCAACCUCCCCCUCUGCUCCUUCCCAACCAACCCCACCACCACAAACAGCCAAAAAGUCCCUCACAGUCUCCCUAAGCGACAAAUCAACAACCUACCUCGUCGCCGCUCAGCUCGCCCUCUCGCAGUUCCCAUACAUGAUCCUAUCCAGUGUCCUAGGCUGGAUUGUCGGCGUAGCAUGGCGCGCAGAUAUCCUACCCCUAGCGGCCGGAAGCGGGAGUUCGGGGUGGAGAGUGCCCGGGUGGGUUGUUGGGGAAGAAGGGAGUUCGUUCUCGAUUUCGAGGUUCGGUAGAGGAGAAGGGGAGGCUAGUGGAGGGUUUGAGAGUUUGAGGCGCAGGCUGGAGAGUGAGGCAGCAGCUGCAGCUGCUGCAAGUGGGAACUCGACUUCGAGUGGGGGUGGUGCUGCGAGUAGUAGGCAGAGGGUCGUUAGGGGUGAUUGA